UUCUCAGAAGCACGCAACCUGCUGUAUGCAGGCCUACCUACAUCCGGGUUUCGAAAGAAGAGUGAUAGCUUGUGUUUAGGUAGGUAAUGCAGGACAAAUUGGGCACCCAACUGAUAUGCUUCAUUGGGAAAUAUAUGUACGUAGAGUAGAGUAUGGUUCUCUAAUACUUCGCAUAAAGCUUUCAAAGAAUAAUAUAUCUUUGACUGGCCCAUGUAGAUACCAUGUUUUUUCCAUCUGAAUGUAGCCGGUUGAAGGCGGUCUCUCCCCUUCAUUACAAUCGCUCUGAUCCCUCUUUUCCCUCGGUGUUCCAUUCCCAGCAGUAAGCUAGCUAGCAACCAUUCAGCUAAGGAUAGUUUGCUAGCCACUGUGCUGCUAGCUACACCCCUCUUCUUUUUCUGCAUGGUUUCACACAGCAAAUCGUAGCAUACGGAUAACGAAAGAAACAGAACAAGAACAUGGGGGCUUUUCUGGACAAGCCAAAGAUGGAGAAGCACAAUUCACAUGGUGAGGGCAACGGCCUCCGCUAUGCACUGAGCAGCAUGCAGGGCUGGAGGGUGGAGAUGGAGGAUGCGCACACGGCAGUGAUCGGCCUGCCCAACGGCUUGGCUCCCUGGUCCUUCUUCGCUGUGUAUGAUGGACACGCAGGCUCCCAGGUGGCACGCUACUGCUGCGAACACCUGCUGGAUCACAUCACCAGCAACCCAGACUUUCGAGGCAUAGGCUGGAGUGGGAGUGGGAGUGUCAGUGUCGGUCUUAGUGGUGGUGGUGGUGGAGGAGGACGAGGCUGUGUGGGAGAGGAGUGUUCAGAGUUCACAGAGCCGUCGGUGGAGAGCGUGAAGAAGGGCAUCCGCACAGGCUUCCUGCAGAUCGACGAGCACAUGCGGGCGCUGUCGGAGCGCAAGCACGGCGCCGACCGCAGUGGCUCCACGGCCGUGGGCGUGAUGAUCUCGCCGCGCCACAUCUACUUCAUCAAUUGCGGCGACUCGCGAGCCUUGCUGAGCCGCGGCGGCCGUGUGCACUUCUUCACGCAGGACCACAAGCCCAGCAACCCAGCGGAGAAGGAACGCAUCCAGAAUGCUGGCGGCUCCGUCAUGAUCCAGAGGGUCAACGGCUCGUUGGCCGUUUCGCGCGCCCUUGGCGACUUCGACUACAAAUGCGUGCAUGGCAAGGGCCCCACUGAGCAAUUGGUGUCACCCGAGCCUGAGGUCUACGAGAUCGAGCGCUCCGAUGCCGAGGACGAGUUUGUCGUGCUGGCCUGCGACGGCAUCUGGGAUGUCAUGGGCAAUGAGGAGUUAUGCGACUUUGUGCGCUCCCGCCUUGAGGUGACCGAAGACCUGGAGAGUGUGUGCAACGAGAUUGUCGACACCUGUUUGUACAAGGGAAGCCGGGACAACAUGAGCGUGGUACUGGUUUGCUUCCCCGGGGCCCCCAAGAUCUCCCCUGAAGCUGUGAAGAGAGAGGCAGAACUGGAUAAGUACCUGCAGAGCAGAGUAGAAGAGAUCAUUAAGAAGCAGGGUGACGAGGGGGCCCCGGACUUAGUCCAUGUGAUGCAUACGUUAGCGACGGAGAGCAUCCCCAACCUCCCACCUGGGGGAGAGCUGGCCAGCAAGCGUAGUGUGGUGGAGGCCGUGUACAACAGACUCAAUCCCCAUAAAGGCGACGACACAGACUCGGCAUCAACAGAUGACAUGUGGUAACACAGCCUCCCUAUCCCUUAAGCACUGUUAUCUCACAAAUGCCACCUUGUAAUUCGAGACCAACCACAGCCACAACCAACCCCACCCCCACCCACCCACCCCUACAUACACACACACACACCAUCCAUCCUCUAUCCACUGCCUGGACAGCUCUCUCUGGUAUAAAAGAAGGGAAUACGAUGGAUGUGUGGAAGGGGUGAAUGAGAAAAAGGAGGAAGAAGAGGAACAAUUCCAGCAACAAGCACAAGCAACCACUUCCCCUCACUGAGAACCAGCCCAUCAACCCUAACCCUCAGCAUUGCACAGCAACAGUCCACCUUGGAAGCUCCGCACUGAUCCAUGUCCUCGGUUGUCUCACUUGCUUCUAUUUGUGGUGGGCAUAUUUUUUAUUAAUAUAUAAUUUUUUUUUUUUUAUGGUUUGAUUUGGUUUGGGUUCUUCGUCCUUGCACCUUAGAAACACUAGUUGUGAAGUACAUGGGGGUGGGUUACACUAGGGUGGUUGUGGGUUUGUUUGGAUCUGUUUGAAUGGAUGUGUCUUGCGAUGCAUUUGUAUGCGUUUUGGUGGGAGUGUGUAUAUGAGGGAUAGAUUUAUGUGUUCAUUUAUAAAUUAAAAAAAAGUCUCUGUGAAGUGCAGUAGUCCUUCUGACUGGCAAAAUAAGAAGCCUCUAUUUAACAAAGUUAGUGAUGAAGUGUAAACAAGCAACCAAGCAAACAAACAAACAGAUAACAAACAAAAGAGGAAAUCACUCAAGAUAUAUAAUAGGAGAAUUCCCAAGUCUUUGCUCUUUGAGGUUAUGUUGAGAUGCGGUACUUUUGUGGGUCAACCACGGGAAAAAAAUCACAAUUGUGAUGUAAAAAAAAAAAGGUAAAAUAUUUGUAUUGUUGUGUUUUCUAUUUCUAUCUGACUGUCUCCCCUUUUUCCUUACACUGGCUUUUACGCCCCUCUGAUCUCCCCAAUGCAGGUUCUUCUCUGCCCCCCCCCAUCCAUUUUUUCAGUUGGAUUGUGUAUGCUUUUUUUUUUUUUAAAGAGAGUGUGUGUGUUUGUGUGUGUGCGUGUUUGUGUCCGCUUGUGUGUGUCUGAGUGAACCACUAUCCUUGAGCUAGUGUGAAUGUGAGAGUGCAAUCAGGUGACGAUGCCUGCGUUGGCCGAUCGCAACGAGAGAGAAAAAAAAAGUGGGAUCUGGAUAUAUGUGCUCCCUCUCAAAUGGCAAGGGCGCCAUUAUUGUGUGAUUGCCAGCAGGGAUGACUUUGCCACUGCAGGCCUGUGAUUGUCUCCUCACCCUUACAGUAUAGGAGUGCAAAAAGUAUGUAUUGUCAAGGCCGUCUUCACACUCCUUUAUUCCCCUUCUCUCUUUCCUGUUAUUUUACUAUUUUUAUUUUAUGCUUUGCUUGUGAAUGAAGCCUGCCAGCCUGCUAGACAUGAAGCGAAUUGUCCUUUGUUAAAGAGAAAAGUGAGAGAAAAAAAAAAAAAAAAAAAAAACACUAACUCUUACUCUGUCUCCUUCCAUUUUCUUUGUUUAUGGCAAGUUGUUGUUGUUGGCUCAUAAAGGGGCAGUUCAGGUGUUCAGGACAGAAGCAGAGUGGAAUGUCCUUCAUGUCAGCCAUUGCUUAGAUCCACCUUUUGUCUUCAUAUAAUGAAAUGUACCUUAUCAUACUACUUACUGUCCUUCAUUACCUGUCCACAGUAGUCUUCAAACCUAGAGUCCAGUUUCAGAGGCCCAUGCAGCAAUAGUGGGUGUGUGUAGAGAGUGUAAUUCCCAAUCGGUCUGGUGCAUCAGUACACCCCCAGAGCACAGGCUCCUGAUGCUCUACGUGUGCUUUGCACAUUGGCUUUCUGACAAAUCUUACCAUGGCCGUAACAUGGAUAAAUGCUGAGAAGAUACUGAUUUAGAGCAGCCUCAUUUAAGGCAACACAGUGCAGUUCUUUUACCUUAAAACAACAGCUUCUGACUCAUUUUGGUGCUAAACUGACUUACAAUAGGGAAAAUUAAGUUUCAAACAUUGCCAAUGUACGCCCGAAAUGCCCUAUAUUUCAUGAUGUUAUGUUGAUCGGGUAGGAUCAAGAUCCUUUUACUUAUUUUUAUUUUUUUUGACAAACUGGGUGUCACCUCAGCUGUCACCUCAGGUGAAAAAUAGAGGUUUGGCUAAUGCAGAAUUCAUGAGUUGCAACCGUAACUAAUGAAAUUACUUACAGUAAUGUCAGCGUGUCAUUUUUUUCCAAUAUUUAAGGAAAUUGACUUGUCUUGGCCUAUCCUCCUUUGCCAUUUCCAAGUAUCCAAUGAUUACCUGCCUUGCAAACUUGCAAAUUUUGCAUGUAGGUUAAUCGCCGUCACCAAAAUUAGUUUCAGAGUUGUGUGUGUGUUGAAAUUUCAUAUUAAUUUAGCAAACAGGCUGAAGCCAUCUGAACGGAGUUGCAUAAACAGUGUGGAAAUCAAAUAAAGACCAUAUGUGGAGGGAGUUGAUUUAGUCUUUUCCUUUAAUCUAUUUCAAUGUCCUCGCACCGCUCUUUCAUAUUUCAAACAAGGCUCCGGUAGUUUUAAAUGGUGAUUGGUGCAUACACUUAGGCAGAGCUGGACUUUGUCAGAAAUGUAGAGGUGCGACCAUGAAAGAUGAAAAGGAGGUGUUUUUGCGUUGAAUAUAGGGCUGCAACCUAUUUUCAUAGUUGAUUAAUCUGUUGAUUAUUUUCUCGACCGAUUAUCUUAACCGAUUAGUUGUUUGAUCUAUAUAAAAAUUUGAUAUACGAUUCCAAAUAAUUUAAAAGUUGACAACUAAUUGAUUACUCUAUUAAUUGUUGCAGCCCUCGUAUUGAAGCUGUUUAUGCACAGAGAUGCGGAGGUAGGAAAGUUCACAAGCUUGAUUAUUUUUUACCAAGGGUCUCAGUGGAUUGCCUGGAAUGCGUGUUUCUGUUCCCUUACGAGCGGAGUAUUAUUUUUUCAGCUUUAAUGUGUGUGUUAAUAAGUGUGAAUGUUAAGUGAUAUUUUUGGUUCUUCUUUUGAGAUGAUGCUACUCACCCCAUCCACUCUUUAUGAAUUUUUCGAAGAGUUGAAUAUUGGUUAGGAAAAAAUAAUAAUUUGGUGAUCUCUCCUUGACCUUCCUUUGCCAAUUAACGAGGACUCAAAAGUCUACCUUCCUCCUAGUUCCCUGUGAUUCAGAAAACACAGUGAAGGGGUGCUCGGGGAGUUCCACAGUUUUGUGUUAGCAAGAGCAUGGUGAAGUUCACCUAUUAUUAUAUUUUAUAGUUUGUAUUAUAUUUUACAGUUUUUUCUUUUUCUGCCAGUCAAGUACUUCGUGGGAGGCUCACCGUUAUUAGUUGUCACCAAAUUUAUAACGCAAUAGCACACGUCACAAACUACUGUAGACCUGUUAACUAGCCCCAAGCUCACUGUGGCUUUGCCUUGUAUGUAUGUAUUCCUUUUCCUUUUCCUUUGGAAACCGUUAGCAGUAAUGCAUGUUGACUAAAUGAUGUUGUCAAGGCCACAUGACAACAAACAUGGAAACUGGUUUUCUUUUCACCAGCUCUCUGCAUACGGCCAGAUGCCUAUACAAGCAUAAUUGUGUCAUAUAUUUUUACAUACAAGUCCUUUUAGGAGUUCAGUACCUCUUCACAUGCCCAUAUAAUGGUGCUAACGCUUGAUGAUGUAGCCUAACCUUCUUAGUAAGCUUCGCCAGGGAACCCAGUGGAAAUCUCUUCCUGCGUUCUUGUGUGUAUGGAAAAAAAAUGAGCAAGUGGCCUUGCUCUCACAGAUGCUGAGUGCCAUUGUCAUCCUCCCCCCAAGCUGAGGGAUGGAUGGAGAGCUUUGUGAGAUCAUAUAUGCAACCUCCCCUCUGAACUAUAAAUGAAUAGUAAAUAUAAUUAUAUUGUAAAAUUAUUAAUUAUAGUAUUGUGUUUGAAACUUCAAAUUUCUAAGUUCUGUGUUACUGACUUAUAGGCAAUUCAUUUGAUUCAGCUAUAUGAAGCCUUGAGCAAGUCUUCAGAUUUAUUUUGGAAGGAAGUGAAAGGACCACACACAGCCCUACGAGUUUGGUUGCUCUUAAGUCCAAUAGCACCAUCACUACGUAGUGAUUUUUAUUUUUUAGUUACAGAAGCUGCACAUGGUCAUGACUGCGUAACUUCUGGAAAUGAAGAACCCUGACUUUUUUGGCUAAUCUCUGACAUUAGAUUGUAUAAUCUUGCGUGCAUUGAGCUCCAUGAACUCCAGCUGAUGAUACACUUGGCAGCUUUUUGAGCAAUGUUGCAGGGCGGUGUUCCUGAUUAUUGUUGUUCGGGCACGUUCCCAUUGAUAUUGUGCAACAUUUUUUUAUUAAUCAGCAGAAGCCAUUAUCCAAUCAGACCAUCUGGAACUGGCUAUGUGGUUGCCCAGCAACAUUGUUAAAAAAAAAGUUGCCCCCAGGUGCCCCACCUUAAAAGCUAUUCAGAUAUGAUAGUUCCGUCUGUUUUUGCAAGGCUCUGUUCUCUCUGUGUACUUUGUGUUGUAAUGUCAGGCUAAUGUCAAUUUUAGCACAUGCAGUGAGGCCAGUUGCUCUUAAGAUGACUUGCCUCUACCGAAUGGGAGGACUUUUAGUUUAACCAGGUUUUGCCAUUAUCAAGCUCCUCAAAAAAUUUGCUGUUCCAUUGUAUGUUGCCUGCAGUAGAAACAGCUUAUAAUGGUCCCGUUGUUUGCUGGUUGUUACCCAGGGCCUUGCUGUUGUGUUGGAUGGCAUCAUUUUGAGUCGUCCCUUUUAGCUAAAUGGAGGCUCACAAAAGAUAUCCUCUUCCAAUGGUUGAUUUUCUUCCCUCUCCCGAAGACUAAUUUUUAUUACAUGUGCUGAUCCAGCUAUACAGCCGAACCGCAGUACCUCACGAGCGUUUAUCACAAGCACUUAGUGCGUCUCCUCUUGCUGCCCGACUGGGAAUGAUGUGGAACUUGUUGACAUGUCUUUUGUGUUGAUCUGAGGCAGUUUCUCUCUCUCUGUCUCUCUCUCUCUCUCUCUCUCUCUCUCUCAUCCCUACCUUUCUCCCAAGUCCUGUUUUUUUCCCAGUCUUAGUAUGUCACUGUCUCUCUGUAUCCCUAUUUUAAACGAAUUGUUAAAUCUGUGUGGCUUUGGAAUUAAGGGUUGUGGAUAUAAGCAUGGGUGUAUGAACUGUGCUAAAUAGAGAAUGUUUUGAUAUAUGUUC